UAUCUUUUAUAUAUGUUAGUGUAACUUUCUGAAAUUUGUAAACAUGAAGUCAGAGUGUUCAGGGGAAAAACCAACCAUCCGAAGUGCCUCUCCUCACAGGAAUUCUUAUAGAGCUCAGUUCCAAGCCCUAAGAAAGAAUUUUGAUGAAGAACAAGAAACAGUAGCAGCUGCUUCUCAGCAAACCAGGGGAAGGAAUUAUGGCUCUAAUGUUAGCAGGAUUAAAAAGAUAUUCAUGCAAAUGGGUGCAGAGCCUAGUGAGAAUGCUGAGGAAAGGGCUAAGGUCAGAAGAAGUAAUAGUCUAGUAUUAUCUGAAGGACGAAACAAACCUAUAGAGUUUGUGGAGAAAGCUGAUGGAACAGUAAUACAGUUAGAAGCUUCCGUUUCAGAAAGGAUUAGUAUAUUUGAUACUUUGUAUGAUGAAUCUUCCAAAUUUACUGAAACCAGGAAGGGCAUUAAAAGAAACAAAACACAGCCUUCCAAACACUGCUCCCCAAAGAAGGAGAAAACAGCCUCUGCUGAUGAAGAUGAUUUGUAUUCCUUUAAGUCCAGCAAAGGAAGUUCCCUAGAAGAUUCAAUGGACAGUUCUAGUUCAAAAGCAGAGAUUGUUCCUCCAACUGUGUCUCAACUGGCAGUGUUGGAAAAAAUUGAUUCACAAAAAGAUGUAGUUGUUUCAGAAAAAGAAAGCAGUGAAGAGUUCACUGUAACUGGCCAUUACCCUCUAAACCUGUCUGCUGUCAACAAUGAUUUGUCUCCCACAGUUGGAAAUCUUGAUAGUUUUAGUCCAUUAAAAGAUACCAGUGCUUGGCCCUUAUCAAAACAAAAUACUUGUUCAAUAUCUCUUGAGAAUUCUCCACAUACCCUUAUUUUAGUUAAUGAAAAAUCAAAAAGCACUUUUCCUGAUUUAAAAACAAGUGAAACACAAAUUAAAAGUGCCUGCUUCUCCGCUUCUGGCCCAUCUGAAUCACUUAAACAAGAGAUGGUAGUAGAUAGAUGUGACAAACAGGAUUUGGGUGAGACUAAGAAUGAGGCAGAAACAGAUUCUAAAGCAUCUUCUCUGCAAAAAGAGAUAGUGGAUGGAGCUGAAAAGAUAGAAAUGCCAGUGAGCCCUGUCAUUAUUGAUGACAGCACUUUCCACGUAGCUUCAUUUUCAGUUGAAGAUAGAAGUGAAAGGGAAGUUCAGAAAGAACAAGCUGAUUUCCAGAGCUCUCAGGGCAAUUACAAAGUUCAUAAGAUAGAAUCAAUAUAUAGUUUUGAUUGGGGGAAGGAUGAAACUGAAGAGGAUGACCAAGAAGAUAGUGAUGAUAACAGCGGUUCUGAUCAUGACAAAAAAUGUUUUGAAGUUAGAGGAUUAUCAGAAGAAGAGGAAAUCCCACCAGCCAGAAAAGUUAUGUUUAGUACAGCUCCAAUUAAGGUUUUCAAGACAUACUCUGAUGAAGAAUACGACCGAAAAAAUGAAACAGUUGAUCCAAUAUUAUCAUCAGCUGAGUAUGAAUUAGAAAAACGUGUGGAAAAGUUGGAUGUUUUUCCAGUAGACAUCGAAAAAGAUGAACAAGGAUUUGGUAUCUCUAUUAUUGGAAUGGGAAUUGGAAUGGAUACAGGUUAUGAGAAACUAGGUAUAUUUAUAAAAACUAUUACAGCAGAUGGCCCGGCAGAAAAAGAUGGGAGGAUCCGGUUAAAUGAUCAAAUUAUAGAAGUAGGUGGUGUCAACAUGGUUGGUGUCUCACAAGAUUUUGCUUCGGCAGUUCUCAGAUGUGCCAAAGGAAGAGUCAGGUUUAUAAUAGGCAGAGAAAAAGCAGGACAAGUAAGUGAAGUGGGUAAAUUGAUUAAACAGACCAUAGAGUAUGACCAGCGCCAGAGAGCCCAUCAUUAUGCCCAUUUUGAAGCUGAGGAGGAAUUUGAUGAAGAGACAGAGGAGUACGCCACCGAUGAAGAUGAAGACGAAGACGAAGAUGAUUUUGAGGCAAAUUAUCCAAAAGACCAAGAAAAUAUUCACUUCUUUGAAAGUCCUGAAAAUGACGACACCCUUUCUCCAGAGGAAUUAACAACAAUGACUGAAAAAUUUAAAGAGUUGCAAGUCCAGUAUACAGUUAAAGGAUCAGAGGUUAAGCAGCUAAAAAGAAAGCUGCAGAUUGCUGAAAAUGAGAAAAUAAGAUGGCAGGUGGAAAAGAACAUACUUCAGCAGAACAUUAAGGAAAGCAACGAAAAUAUGGUUAAAAUUGAGGCUUAUUGGACUGAAGCACAAACUCUAUGUCAGAGUGUAAAUGGACAUUUGAAGGAGUCACAAGAGCAAUAUAAAGCCUUGGAGAAGAAAUAUAACAAAGCUAAGAAACUGAUUAAGGAGUUUCAACAAAAAGAACUUGAGUAUAUGAAGUACCAUGAUGAUGACAAGAAAAAAAUUGAAGAUCUGGAAAAAGCUCACUUUCUUGAAGUUCAAAAUUUAAAAGCUCAGAUUAGAGAACUUGAAGCAGAAGUGCUCAGGCUGCUGAGGCAAAAUGAAAGCCAGCUAAAUAACAAUAACAAUGCUUUCGAACAACAGACCUCUGUUGGAGAAUCCUCAGAAGGCAAUGCAACAGAAAAUCUUGAUGGAACGAAAAUAUCUGGCCUGGAUACCUUAGUUCAAGAUUUCAAUGAAGCAGUCCCUGAAACAGAAAGAUUGGAUUCUAAAGCUCUGAAAACUCGUUUGCAGCUUUCAGUGAAAAACAAAAGGUCACUGCCAACCCGGACAAGACUUUGUGACAGCAUCAGCUCCACAGAUGGAGAAGACAGUCUUGAAAGAAAGAAUAUCAAUUUAAAUGAUGACUUCAGCCCUAGCAGCACAAGUUCAGCUGAUUUGAGUGGCUUAGGGACAGGACAAAAAACACCAGGAUUUUCACAUUCCACAAUUGUAUCUUCUAAUGAGAGCUUGGAUAUGAUUGAUGAUGAGAUUCUUGAUGAUGGACAAUCUCCCAAGCACAGCCAGUUUCCAAAUUGUGCUGUUUCGGAAUGGAGUGUGCAGCAAGUUUCCAAUUGGUUAAAAAGCCUGAAUUUAGAACAUUAUAUUUCUGAAUUCACAGCCCAUAAUAUAAAUGGAGAAUGUCUCCUUCAGCUGGAUGGCAGUAAACUUAAGUUCCUUGGUAUGACAUCUUCCCAGGAGAGAGCUGUAAUUAAAAAGAAAAUUAAAGAAAUGAAAGCAAAUCUAGAAAAAGCCCGCAAAGCUCAAGAGAAGAUGGAAAAGCAAAGGGAGAAACUUAGGAAGAAGGAAAACGAUCAGUUUCAAAGGAAGUGCAGAAAGCUGGAAAAGCAAUCAUCGGAACCAAUUCAGGGGGCUAAUGAGCAGUGAGACACUAGAAUUCACUGUGC